CGGAGGAAGCGUACGCGCGUCCUGCCUCCGAACUGUGAGGAGCUGAAGGAAAUGUCCAAAAAAGCCGCUCGGGAGUUUCGCGUCUUCAUUCGCCAAACGCAUCCGAGCUUCGCGAUCCGCCUCGCCCGUCUCGUCAAGGCUCCGCUGCCGGUGCUCGCUGCCGGGCCGGAGAGCAGCCGGGUGGUCGCUGCUUGCAGGUGGGGUGGAGGGGGCGGGGGGGGAGGACGACGUGGAGGAGGAGGAGGAGUUUUUUCGGUUGUUUUGGACACGCUGGACGCGGUGCGGGAGCAGAAGCAGCAACAGCAGCAAGCGGACGCCGCCGUGUUCCUGCUUCGCGGCUUGAACGCCAUGGAACCGGCCUUCGGCGAGGUCAACCAGCUGGGCGGCGUGUUCGUCAACGGCCGGCCGCUGCCCAACGCCAUCCGGCUGCGCAUCGUGGAGCUGGCGCAGCUGGGCAUCCGCCCGUGCGACAUCAGCCGCCAGCUGCGCGUCUCGCACGGCUGCGUCAGCAAGAUCCUGGCGCGCUACAACGAGACCGGCUCCAUCCUGCCCGGCGCCAUCGGCGGCAGCAAGCCGCGCGUCACCACGCCCACCGUGGUCAAGCACAUACGGACGUACAAGCAGCGCGACCCGGGCAUUUUCGCCUGGGAGAUCCGCGACCGGCUGCUCGCCGACGGCGUGUGCGACAAGUUCAACCUGCCCUCCGUCAGCUCCAUCAGCCGCAUCCUGCGCAACAAGAUCGGCAACCUGGCUCAGCAGGGCCCCUACGAGGCGGCCAAGCAGCCGCCGCAGGCCCACGCGCACCCUCACGCGCACCCGCCGCAGCCCGCCGCCCUGCCCUACAACCACUUGUACUCCUACCCCGGCUCCAAGGUGGCCACGCCGCCGGGCAUGCCCGCGCUCCCCGGACACAUGGCCAUGCACCGGAUAUGGCCCUCGUCGCACUCGGUCACGGACAUUCUGGGGAUCCGAUCCAUUACCGAGCAGCAAAACGCCGAGUGGCUUGCGCACAGCGAGCAGCUGUGCCACAGCACCCAGCAUCCCGGCCUCCCGACGGCCCACCACCCGAGCGUCAGCCUCCACGGGGUACAGCGGCACCACAUAGUUGACUGA